GAUCAAUCACUCCUACAACCACCAUGUCCCUGCCACGAUCCUCGUGUUCUCUUCGAAAAUGGAGCUCGAUACCGUGUCCGCAUAUACUUUUCGCCAAACCGUCCGCUCUUAGCUACGUUCGUCCAAAUGAUCAUCCUCCCCGCCGACAGCAUCAGAGGGCUCCGAACAACGAAGCCCGAAACUUCCACUCCACCACACCAUGUGCCAAAAAAGCACCAGCUCGAUCCCCUGCCGCCAGUCGGUCUCAAGAUGUAUCACGAAGAGGCAAGCCUGUCUCCUCGCAUACCACUCAGCCCAAUACCCCAGCGCAAGGAGAUCUCCCCGCCCAGCUGAAAGCGCUCGAUAAGAACGGACCCAGGAUGAUGAGAGAGUUAUUAAGGGACGGCGUGCUCGACUCCAUUACUGAGCAGUCAUUCAUGCAUAUUGCCAAGGGCCUCCUAGAAAGCGCGUUCAACCAUCCUCCGUCUGCGUCGGCUAUUCAAACUCUCUCUGCAGAAAACAAUGCAGACCCAAAUCUAAUCUUCAAAAUCGGUUAUGUUACCUCCGCUGCAAAUCCCAGAUUCCGCGAGUGGAUUCUAUCCUCCUGUACGCUCGCCGGCGCCCGAAUCCCCCUCUUCAUCACCGCAAACCGCUACAUAAACAGAGCCGACAGCAGUGGUAGCAGCGGCAGUGGCAUUGGUGGCUCCGUCUCCUCAGAUCCUCGCAGUGGUCCAGUCCUCGCCCAAAUCGAGACCCUCGCUAAGCAAGCUGAGCGUGACCCUCGCGCUAUGCUCAUCCACGCCAAGGUCCUUGGGUUGCAGGGUGAAUACACCGAAGCUCUCGCUCUUACAGAGGACUUGAUGCGCAUGAUCGAACCGAGUAAAUUGCCCCCUGCACUCGAAGAUAACCUAGGUAUAUGGAAAAUCGAGCCUCCUUGGCAGGUAUAUCUAUGGUUGAAGCGGGCCCAACAAAACGCCAACAAGAACAACAAGGGUAGGGAUGCGAGCAAGGAGAAAGACCAGGAGAAGGGAAAGGAAACAGAGGAAGAGAUCAUUCGUGUAGCGGCGGUAGAAUACCAGGACCCCACCGCUUUACUCCGCUACGCAGAUCUGAUGAUGCAACGCGGCGACCUGACCAUGUACGAAGAGUGCAUGGGCAAAGCAGCUACAGCAGGAAACCCAGAUGCAUGCCGCAAACUAGGCAACUUCUACUACCUAACCUUUCUCCGACGGUAUCCGCGUCUCCUGAAGAACGGCAAACAAGUCCCAGCCGAGCCAGAUACACCACCAGGUACCAAUACCGGCAACCCCCAAGCAACGUCUAACUUCUUCACUCGUCUCUCUGCCGUUUUCGGACCCAGACCGCUACCCGAGUACCGUGCUCUCGCGCUGGAAUGGUACAGACUUGGACUUGCCCAUGGGUGUCCCAAGGCUGGGAUUAUUCUUAGUAUCCUCUUCCGGGAGGAUGGAGUGGAUGAUUCGACAUUAGAUAAGGUGAUUCCGCUGGUAACAGGGUCGCGGGAGAUGCUUUCCCUAGUCCAGCACAUGAGGGUUCACUGGGAAGAUAAGGAGUCUAGGUUCGAGGUGCCAGAGAAGCUGUUGGAUGUUUGAUGAAUGCUACCCCGUUUUUGCUCUACCCCC